CAGAAGUUAAUCGGGAUAGCAAUUACUCCCAAAGGAAAGGCGAUGAACUACGACGUGCUAUUAAGUCGUACCGGAUUCAAUAAGCUGUCGAUAACGCCGCAGCACUUCCGCAGCGUUUCCGAAGGUGAUUCCCGACAUCGUGACCACGACGUUCCUCAGGCGGUUGCUGAUCGAAGCGCCGAUGGAACAAAGACACCUGGAAGAAAAAUAUCACUGCCUCCACAUGUAGCACAGCGGCAUGAAACGGUUUCCGCCUCUUGCAGUCCGAUGCGGGGCGGUUCUUCCUCCAACCAAUCGGUUGGUGGUCCAGGGGAAGAGUUCAAGGGGAAAGUCGAAUCGAAGCUGCUAACCAUGUGGAAUAACAUGAAGUUCGGUUGGAGCUACAAAAUGAAGACUAAUUUCAACAAGGAGCAACCCUUGUGGUUGCUAGGGCGUUGCUACCAUCAAAAGGUAACACCCGGACCAUCGAUGGAAAGCUCGAUCGAGCUCGCGACGUCUGGUCCCGACGGUCAACUGAUGGUGCUGCAGAACGUUUACUUGGCGGAAGGAUCAAACUCGCCACCGGAAGAAACGGGAACGGAUGCAAUUGAGGACAGCAGUCCGGAAGCGAUAGUCGAGGAGGAAGGCAUCGAUGCGUUCAGAAGAGAUUUUAUUUCGCGCAUCUGGAUGACGUAUCGACGGGAGUUUCAAACGAUGGACGAUUCGAACUAUACUUCCGAUUGUGGCUGGGGUUGCAUGAUACGCAGUGGGCAGAUGCUGCUAGCGCAAGGUUUGGUGGCACACUUUCUUGGGCGCAGCUGGCGUUGGGACGUAUCAAUGUUUACCGCGUACGAGGAGAGCAUACACAGGAAGGUAAUCCGUUGGUUCGGAGAUACGUCCUCUAAAACGAGCCCAUUCUCCAUACACACGCUUGUGGCGCUGGGGAAGGAAUCGGGCAAAAAGCCCGGUGAUUGGUAUGGGCCGGGAGCGGUAGCGCACCUGUUGCGACAAGCGGUACGGUUAGCGGCACAGGAAAUUGCCGAUUUGGAUGGUAUCAAUGUUUACGUUGCACAGGAUUGCGCUGUAUAUAUACAGGACAUUUUGGACGAAUGUACUAUUUCGGCCGCACCGCCCGGAGCACCAUGGCAGCAAAAGAGCGCCGGAAGCAGUCGAAACUCAACAAACAAAACCUGUGUCGAUAUGCGUGGCUCAUCUCCCACCGCGGAAGGGGAUGAUGAACUGCAAUCCACUCACUGGAAGUCAUUAAUUUUGCUUGUACCGCUUCGGCUCGGUACUGACAAGCUAAAUCCCAUCUAUAACGAAUGCCUUAAGGCGAUGCUAAGCUUGGACUACUGUAUCGGCAUUAUAGGCGGACGUCCAAAGCACUCGCUUUACUUCGUUGGAUACCAAGAGGACAAACUCAUACAUCUAGACCCGCACUACUGCCAAGAUAUGGUCGACGUGAAUCAAGAACACUUCCCGGUCGCCUCGUUUCAUUGCAAAUCGCCGCGUAAGAUGAAGCUUAGCAAAAUGGAUCCAAGCUGUUGCAUUGGUUUUUACUGUGAAACGAAACGGGACUUUUAUAAGUUUAUCGACAGCGUGAAACCGUUUUUAAUACCCGUUCAUCAGGGCAGUCAUGAAACAGGAUUUGCACAGCCAUCCGGAUCAUCAACUACCACUAGCUCCGUCAGCUAUCCGAUGUUUGUGUUUUGUCGCGGUAAAAGCAGCGAACAACGGGCCGAUCUGCCAGGACAACAUUCUGCACACUAUCCUCAUCCGACGGCUUAUCGAUCACCUCCGACCGCUAUACCGCAACAAACGGGUGUGACCAAUGAUGAGGACGAUGACGAAGAGGAAGAUGAGGCGAUAGAGUUUGUCAUUCUAUAACAACACGUUGGGAACAGA